AUGGCAUCCGCACCACCCUCGUACACCAAGGCCACUCACUCUGCCACAUAUGCCGGCAUCAAUCCAACUCAGCCCGGUCUCUCCACGGCCGGUAAGGUUGUGCUGAUCACUGGGGCAUCUGGUGGGAUCGGCCAGGCGACAGCGCUAUCCUUUGCUGCAUCGGGUCCCAGAGCCCUCAUUUUACUCGGUCGACGCGCCGACGCCCUGGCCGAAACCACCAGGAUUGUCCGCGAUAGCCAUGCAGAGAUAACAAUUCAAACUCGCAAGGCUGAGCUAUGCGAUGCUUUAGUCGUACGCGAUGCUAUGAACCAGGUGGCUGCCGAGUUUGGCGAAAUCGACAUCCUUGUCCACUGUGCCGGUGUCCUGGCCCCCGUUGCCCCCCUUCUAGAAGCUGAUCCGGCUACCUUCCUGGACGGCUACCGGACUACCGUUAUCGGUACAUUAGUGACGGCACAGGCAGUCGUCCUGGCAAACCAGACAGUCAACGCCAACGAGGACAAGCCAGUUACCAUUCUCAAUCUAACGACGGCCGGCAUCCUGUUCCCCCCAUUCGCCGGUAUGGGUGCCUACGUGAGUAGCAAGAUGGCCGCCGUCAAGCUCUUAGAGGCCUUUGCAGCCGAGAACCCGCAAGUUCGGCUUCACAAUGUACAUCCCGGAUUCCUCAAAACGGCCAUGUCUGCCAAGCUGGCAGAGACGAUAAAACUACCAUAUGCCUAUGACGACACCUCUCUUCCCGCAGACUUCCUUGUCUGGAUUGCCUCCCCGGAAGCAGAGUUUCUCAAAAACAAGAUCGUCUUCGCAUCUUGGGAUGUUGACGAGCUCAAGGAUCGGAAGAUGGAAAUUGUCGGUGACCCCCCGGGAACCGGUGAGCUCUGGCUCGGCUACCAAGGAUUCCCACGAUUUGUCGAUGGCCAGCCUUUGCCAGGCACCCAGUAG